AUGGAACGUCAAUCUGCUUCAUUCAAUCCUGAUGUCCUAUCUUCAUCACCAAAACUCAGCCAGAACAAUUUCAAGAGAGUGAGUCGCACAGAAGACAGCAGUCCUUAUCCGAUUCCCGGACUUGCAGCAGACAUCCUGCACAUGCGAGUGAAAGAAGGAAGCAAAAUCCGCAAUUUACUGCGGUUUGCAACAGCUCGCAUGCAAGGGGAAGGAGAAGACGGCAAUAGGACAUCACUGAGACAGGUGGUCUUCACUGGUUCAGACAGAGGAGUCACCAAGACGAUCACCUGCGUAGAGAUCCUGAAACGUAAAGUUGGGGGGCUCCACCAGGUGUCCAAGCUCUACUACAAGACAGUGAGUGAGGUCUGGGAGAGUUCACAAUGUGGAGCACCAGGUAUAACCAUACAGAGAACAGUCCCUGCCAUCUGUAUCCUGCUCUCCAAAGACCCUCUGGAUCCCCAAGAGCCUGGAUACCAACCUCCCCAAACAGCCAGUGUUCCCACAGAGGAUGCAGGGAGAUGUAGAGGUCUGCUCAGGGCAGGACAGAGUCCCUCCUCACAGCACACAGCAAAGAGACUCUGUCUGGAUGAAUGGACUAAAUGUGCUCAGUGA